AUGUCUUGCAUAUAUUUACCUAUAUCUUUAGCUAAUUAAUCUAUAUUAGAAGAACUAAGUUUAACUUCAUUUGUACUAGAAACAUCAGUCGUUCCAAAAGAAAAUAACGACAUAGUAAUAGAUUUACCUAGAGGAGGUUAAAUAAUUAGAACUUCAGUUGGAAACAUAUAAUACGGGAUACCUCCUGAGACUAUAAAAGAUUCAAUAACUAUGAAAUUAGAAGUACCAAAAUAUUUUAUUAUACCAAAUAAAAGAUUUGAUAAAGUUUCAAAUUUAAAUGUUGCUGAGUUCGAAUUUCCGGCCUAUUAUAAUUUUUUUAUUCAUAAAAAUACAAUAAACUUAAUAUGCGAUUCAGAAACAAAAGAAUGUAUUAGAAGAGCUUUUUAAGAAACAUUAUGUGGGCCUUCUUCGUAUGAAAAUUUAGUUGAAGAUUUCUAUUACACAUAUCCAGUUUCAGGAUAUCCAGAUUUCAAAAAAGAAAGAAAAAUUUUAUCUGGAGCUAUUCAAAAUCCUUCAUUAGAUUCAAAUCCAGAUACGAUUUUGUGUUUUUCAGUUUUUUAAGAAAAUCAAAUAGUUAUAGUUAAAGAUAAUAAUACAUUAAUUAUUUAAAGAAUUCUAAAUAAAAAUUAACUUUGCUUUUCCUAUAAAUUUAUUGAUAAUGGUAAAGAAAUUGCUAUUAUAAAUGAUCGUGUUGAAAUGACUGUCUAAGAAAAUAAGUUCACUCCAUAGGAUUUGGAUGUUCUAGACGAUCUUUUAAAUAUUAUUGAUUCCAAAUAAUAAUAAUCACGAUAAUAAUAAUAACAUUGCCCUGUAAUAUCUAGUCCAAAAAAUCCAUAAUUAAAUCGUAUUAAAUGUGAUGGAAGAAAUUUCAUUAAAAAAGGUUCUUAAUUCAAGAUUCCUCAUACUUUUCUUUCCGAAGGAUUUACUCCUCCAGACUUUGGGAUUUCAGUUAUAGGCAAUUCACAUGGAUUCGAUCCUUGUGGACAUACUACAGGAAUAAUAAUUUGGUUAUAUGGAAGAGGAAUAAUGGUAGAUCCACCACCAUACACAAAUGAUUAUUUAAAAGAAAUGAAUGUAUCGCCUUAAUUAAUACAAGCAAUAAUAAUAACACAUUGUCAUGCUGAUCAUGAUUCAGGUGCUUUUGAAAAAAUCCUUCUUUAAAGUAAGAUUGAAUUAAUAACAACAAGAACAAUAAUGAAUUCAUUUGUAAGAAAAUAUUCUAAUAUAACAGCAAUGAGUGAGGAAGAAAUAAAAAAAUUAUUUGUAUUUAGACCUGUAAUAAUAGGAAGUAGAAUGAAAAUAAAUGGAGGAUUAUUUAAUUUUUUUUAUUCUUUUCAUGUAAUUCCUUGUAUUGGGUUUGAUAUUGAAGUAAUGGGAAAAAGCGUUUAUUUUUCAGCUGAUACUUUCUAUGAUCCUAUUCGUCUUAAAAAAUAUUUUGAAUGGGGAUAUUUAUAAAAAGAAAGGUAUACUUCUUUGGUUGAAAUUGAUUGGGAUAAAUACGAUAUUAUUUUGCAUGAAGCUGGAGUUCCUCCAAUUCAUACCCCAUAAAGUUCUUUCCUUCAUUUUUCAGAAAAAGCUAAGAAAAAUCUUUAUUUAUUACAUAUAGCGGUAAAAGAUGUUAAAUAUAAUGAAGGAUUUAAAAGGCUAGAAGAAGGACUUGAAAAUACUAUAGUGCUUUAUGAAAAUAACACAAACUAGAAAAUAAUCCAUAUCAGGAAUUUAGAUUUGAUAUCAAACAUAGAUAUAUUCAGCACUUUAACAGUUAAAAACGUUCGCUAUUUACUAGAUUGUUUAGAAGUUGAAUAAUACGAAAAAGGAGAUUUAAUAUUUCCAGAAAACUCAACUGGAAAUAAAUUCUUUAUCGUAUAAAGUGGACUUGUGAAGAUUUUUUGUUUCGAAAAUUAAAAUUUUGAGUCUUUUAUAGGGCCAGGAGAUUAUUUUGGAGAAAUUAGUUUAAUUGAUGAAAUGAAAUAAAGAAAAGCAAGUGCAAAAGCUGAAAAAAAAACAAUACUAUUAAGUUUGGAAAGACAUGAUUUUUAAUUUUUGUUUGGUGAAGAAAAUAAUAUUUUGAAAAAAUUAAAAGAGUUGACGAAAGCUAGAAAGUAGUUUGUUAUAGUCUAUUUGGAAAAAAAUAAUUAUUUUAAUUCUUUGGAUAAAAAUUAAAAGGUAGUCUUGGAGGCUAUUCUUAAAGAAUAAAAAAUAAGUAAAGGCACAUGCGUAUGGAAAUAAGGUCAAGUCCCUGAGUCUGUUGUUAUUGUCAAAGAUGGAUCAUUAGCAUAUUUUAAAUAAAACCUUAAAGGUAAAAUUGUUAGAUAAGGAGAAUUUAUAGGUGAAACUAUGGCAAUUAUUAAUAAAGUACCUGUUUAAUCUUCAUUAAAAGCUUUAUAAGAUACUACUAUUUUAUAUAUUAUUAGUUAGGAUUGGAUUGAGUUUUUAGAUAAAAAUCCUGGAGUUAAGUUAUAGAUUGAAUCAAAAGUUUAUUUUAGAUGAUUUAUUUUUAUACUAUUUUAUCCAUUUAAAUAAUUUAAUAAUAAACUUUUUUAUAGUUUUUUUAUUUAUUUUUAAAAAAGACAAAAUGUAAAUUUUUAAUAAAUGUAAGUAUAUUC